AUGGUAGCCUUGAAAAAGCUAUUUCAAGCAGAGCGCUCACCCUCGCGACCAUCAACGAGUCCGGGAUUGGGUGGAAGCGAUUCAGAGGGGCCCUACUUCAGUGCCCUCGAGCCUGGCUUUCUGGCUCCUGGUCCUCCGUCACCUGCGCUUCCCUCGCCAGGUCUAAGAGCUUUCAAGGCGCACGACGUGGCGCAUCACUUUGACCAGAUUGAAAAGCAGUUUGAAGAUCUAGACCAACAUCUAGCCGAACGUCCAUCAUCCUCACAAUCCCAAUAUCCUCCCGCGAUACCGGGCCGCCCAGCUAUCCCUAAGGAUCCCAAUGCGCGACAUGUUGACCUGUUGGAUGCAUUGCGCUUCCCAGAUACUGAUCCUCCCAAAAUCAUAUCUCCCCCUACCAGUCCAUACAACGAGGAUGUCGCGGAACGGAACAUGACCAGAUUUCUUCGUAUACAAUAUCGAAGUGGCAUAGCAGGCGCACGCUUAUUAUCCGCUCUAUAUCAGGAAGAUGUGGCUGACCGAAAUAUUGCAAAAUAUAAUGCGCCAUCGCGCUCCUUAUCUGCGUUAAGCUGCCGGUCGUCUCCUCCUGCGCCUGGACGGGUACGCAACCUGAGUCCGGAUGGCCAGAAGCGUGGCCCACGGAAACACAACUGGACAUCAGAUGGAGAUUUGCGCAACCGUUCUGCCUCUCCAGACGACGCUUCAAAUGCUUCGUCGCGAGCCUCACAGUCUAGCAGCCUCCUUCGGCAGCAAAAUUCUGCGCCGAGCUUGUCCGCUGAGGACGGCCAGGAACAGGCACAGCCCCCUGUUAUCCAACGCCUUGGUGUUCCCCCGGCCUACAAACAAGGCAAGCGAUGGAGCAAUACCCCAUUGCCAGAUAGUCCCACGCUUCCUCCUCCCUUAAGCGAUGACAAUAGUGCAAAUGGCGAGACUGCGGAAAGCCUUCCAGAAUUACAACCUCCGACCCCGGCUGCCCGCAUAUCGUCUUUGACACCCAAGUCUCUGUCCCCGCCUCCUUCCGCUGGAUCCACGUCGCGGAAGAAUGUGCGAGACCUAUCAAUCAACACACAACUGGCCGCCCAAGGCCGGCCGAAGAUUGCACAUAAAGCAAUACAACCACCCACUCCCUCAACCCUCGAAAUGAAGCGAGCUCCUAGUAUCGCUGAGGUCAUGCAUAGCCCUGUUCCUGCGCCUAGCCCUGUUCAGCCUUCCCCACGUUUCAAGGUUUCCGAAAUGAUGGAUCUAUUCAACAAAGCAUAUUUGUCAACACAGGCUACAAGCCCUCAUCCCACUUAUGAGAGUCUACAGGAUGCAAUUGUCCGUGAAAUUAACUCGCAUGAGGCAUUUAAGCGUGUUCCUGUUCCUACUGCCGGACCACCCUUUACCCCAUCUCCUACACAGGCAACUUUCAAUCAUGAACACCCUGGUUUGAACCGCAGCGCUUCUGCUGGAUCGAUCUCCAAGAUCAUCAGAAAGGGAUCCUUCAAGAAGCACAGAAGAAAUGCCGAAUCUCGACAGAGCAUUUCCACUAGUGUUCCAUCAAAGAGCUACGACCGACUUUUUCGCCGUGUAUCCCCAUCUCCUGCUCGCCGGAGACACACCGAUGCCCCUGCCCCAUCCCCAGGCUUACUGGCAGACAUUAGGCAGUCACAGGAAACUGGCGGAUCAGCGGGUGAGCAGCUCACAUACAUGGACGUGCUCUACCGUGCUAGCAACGACAAGCCUGGCACCUCCAGCUCUAAAACCACGCCGAACUCGCAUAAGCGUGGUCGCUCUGAGUCUGUCAGCAACCUGUCUACGAUUAUCUAUACCAACUCAGAAAGACCAAACACCCCGGGUGCCGUCUACUGUAUGCAAGCGCACUCAACUCCCUCCAAGGACAGCCGCAGCAGCCUUUCUCCUGAGGACAGCGACGACGACAUCAUCCAUCUCCCAAGUGUAACUGUGCAACCCCCGCGUGUUCAAAUUGAGGGAGUGGAUGAAAACAACGUCCGCUAUGUCAUCGACUCUGCCACCGCCACCGACGCGCAAAGGCUCAUGGGCUGGCCGCAGCGCAUGCGCCGCGCCAAUUCCCCUCAGCCGACCUGCGAAAACAGUCUCUCCCCAUUGUCCCGCGCCAGGAUACAGCUGCGCGGAACACGCUCUGUCGAGACAUACUAG